AACAUUAAAGAACAGCCCUUAAUGGAAUAAAUAAAUUAGUUUGUUAGGGAUAGUCCGUCGUUGUGCCUGGGCUGUGAGGAUUCUCAACGUAAACUUUCAGGAUCCGACCCGAUCCCCCGGCGCCGACCGCCCCGUCCGCCUGCCAGCCUGACAACUCUCAUAGUAACUGUCAUUGCUAAGCAACCCGCCGAUGUUUCCGCUCCCUCCCCCCUUUAAUGUCUCCUCCCCAGCGAAUCAAUCAACCGUUAGGGUUACAUCUGCAGGGGUAGAGAGAGAGAGAGAGAGAGAGAGAGAGAGAGAGCGGGGAGAUCUCUGCUUUUCUCAUCCUCCCUGCCCCCAAUGUCCACCCUGAUCCAGGAACAAAGGGAUGCAGCCGUCGACGAAGCGUUUGCCCGGCGGGGCUGCUGCUUCUGGGGGAGCCCGCCCCGAGAAUACGACGACGAUGACCGGCCGUGCUCGGUGACAGACUGGUGGGAGCGGGUCGGGGCGCCCGGAGGGGAUGAGAAGCCGUGGUGGGUCCGGGUUUGGAACAGGAUGAGGGAGUGGUCGGAGUUGGCGGCCGGGCCGCGGUGGAAGACGUUCAUCCGCCGGUUCAGCAGGAACCGCCCCGGGAAGGGCGGGAAGUUCCAGUACGACCCCCUGAGCUACGCACGGAACUUUGACGAGGGGAAGGCCGGGCAGGAAGGUCAUUUCGACGAGGACGCCCUGUGGCGCGACUUCUCGUCGAGGUACGCCUCGAUACCGGCUUCGUGCAAGUCGUCCAUGGACCUCGGGAAGUCUGGUGGUCCCAUCUUCGAUUGAUUCUCAUGUAAAAAGUUUUUCUUGAACUUGAUUAAUAACUAAUCACCGAGGAGAGAAUUGUUUUGUUC